GCCUACGAGGAAGUCGCCUCUUAUUUUUUUUUAUAUUUCGCGACAGUGCGCAUUAAAAAAAAUGAGGUUGCUAAUAAAUACAGUGAUUUGUUUUCUGUGGUGCACGAUGUCACUGGCCAGUGACACGUACAGAGCAGGUGUCGUCAACUCCGUUCAUUCCGAUUUAACAGAAUAUGUGCCAUUUAUUCAACAAGCAGCUGAAUCAGAUGUAGACAUCCUAGUGUUGCCAUCGGCAGAGGAAUUAUUCUUCGAGACCAGCACCUUCGGUUCGGAUAUUUAUGAUGAUGUAGUGAAAACGUUAUCAGAUGCUACCAAACAGGCUGGAUUGUACGUGGUUGCUCAUUUGUACGAGACUGUGAGAUGUCAAGACAGCAAUGAAACUGUUAGGAGCAAUCUCGUCUUCGGCAGGGAUGGAUCUGUUAUCUCUGUUUAUAGAAAACCAGUAAAUAACGUUUCCAAUUGCACUACGGGUUCUACGGAUUUUGGCGUCUUCACAACAGACUUUGACGUUACUUUUGGUUCCCUCAUGGAGGAAGAUCUUGUCCUGAAAAGUCCGGGAGAACUUAAGGGCUUGAAGAACUUCGUAGUGACUGGAUCUUGGACUACGCAGAUACCAUUUUUGAGCGCAAGCAAAUUCUCAUCAUCAUGGGCAUUCGUGAAUAAAGUGAAUUUAGUUUCCAUCGACGGCAUUUCUGAUGGCUCAGCUACAAAUGGUGAUGUGAAGUUUGCUGAUCUGGAGAAACAUGGUUUACAAGAUGUGAAGUUCAGAGCACCUGUAAUACAUACCGCGGAACUGCAAGGUUUCCUCGGAGAAGAUGCGUCCCAGUACGUCAUCAAACCAUUGAACUUGGAAGCUAGUAGCCGCGGUUACAAAGAUGCUGUAUGUCAUGGCAGUUUUUGCUGCGAAUUCUAUGUGAAGACAAGCUUUGCUGGGUACAAAGCCGUUAAUGCCAACUACAGCCUAGUUGCGUUUAGUGGCUACCGUCACUUCGGGAGUGGCCACAACAUCGGGUUGGAAAGCUGUGCAGUCAUCGCCAGCGCUGGACAAGACAAAUGCACAUGUCCCGUCGGGAACGAGAAUAGCGCGUCCUAUCUAAGAUUUGAUAAAGUAACAGUCGUUGGAAAUUUCACUAAUGGAAAUUCUAACUAUCCCAUCGUUUUGACUACAAGAGCGCCUCAAGCGAAACAUUUAUCUUUUGAUAGCAUAUCUAUUGACAAUACUGAACAGGUUGUUAUGGAAUUAAAAAAUGUCGCAAAUGUAUUAAGUUUAGGUAUUUCCAGCAGAGAUUUCUCAAAGGAUAUCAUAAACAGUCUUAGUAUUGAGCCAAAAUAUAAGGAUGAGCUAGAUAUUUAUGAUUAUAUUUUCAAUGAAGACGUCCAGGAAUUCUUUGAUUAUGUUUGGAUUAGGCUGCGGAUAUUAAUUUUCGUUGUAUCAAUUUAUAUAUUGGAAAUGAUGUAAUUUCUUGUAGGUAUUAGGAAAUCUGUUGCAAUUGUUUCGGUAACCGUAUUCCGAUUGUAAUAAAUUAAUAUUCAAUCGUGAUGAAUAUUAAACAUUUGAAUAUUCAUGAGUGAUUUUUUCAAAUUUAUAUUUACAUAUUAAACUAUUGUUAAACACUUGAAUAUUCCCAUACGAUU